GCUGCGCGCGCAUGCUCCCUCCCGCCUCGGCUCUACACAUGAUGGCGGCCCGAGUCUCUGACGAAGUUCUGUGUAAGGAACUGGGCAAAUAUGGCGAGAAAGUUAAACUGCCUCUCAACGACAGCAAACGUUCGAUAUUACAGAAAAAACUCAAUCAUCUACAGGCCAAAAACAAACGCAAAUCUACAUCUAUACAGCAUAAAUCAUUCAACAAUGAAAUGUCUGGCUUUAGCUCGGAUGACGACUCGGCUUUGGUGAAUACAUCUACCACUAAAACUCUCCCAAAGUCGUCUUCUGCUAGUUCGAGAACGACCCGUGCUGCAGCCGCAGCAGCUGCUGCAUCUAAUAAUGCCAGCCCUCCUCCGUCUCCGUCAAACGUCCCCAAGAGAAGGUCGAUGUCAAAUCUCAACAAUAGCGACCAUCUUUCAGACAAUACGCACAACAAUUCAAAAUAUGGUUUACAUUCUCCGACAUCCGGAUCGAACCAGACGUCUAGGAAAUCUCCCGGCGUCAUAUCUUACCAUUCAUCUCUCGGUGGUAGUAACACCAGCAUAGACAGUUUACCUGGCAACAGCAUAUAUUCUAACCACCAGGUCCACCACAGACGGAGCGCAAACCUGAAGCCUCCAGUAACCACUUCCAGUCGUACAGGAAUCUACUUCGAUUCCACAGAUUCUGAUAUCGAUGCCGAUGAGGACGAGAACUCUAUAGCCUCCAAAUCUUCAACAUUCUCCAACAGCUUUGCUAAAAGCUCCCCUAUUUACUCCUCACACUACUCUCCGCUAUCGAGGACUGGUAAUUUCAGUUCGCCGACAUUGUCCGUUACAAGUACCCCUAAGAAGAAAACGACGCAGAUUCUAAACGAAUUCCGUCAGAAUUUCACCAAGACUCCACAAAACCCUUAUAAAAGCAACUUUUGGGAUAAUUACAUUCCGUAUGGCUUCAAUGGGAGUAGACAUGUCGGUGAGAAAAAUUCACACUGUAUCUCACGCAUUUUACCCAUCGCUAUGGUGCUAUUCUUCACUUUCUUGGGUAUUAUGUAUGUCCGCAAUUGGUCCGAGCCUAGUCUCUCUCCAGAGAACAAUAAAGCUUCCAAAUUAGUGGCUGGUGUGUGUUCUAAAUACUUGCAGAGAAAGUGUGAAACUGUUGACAUUGAUGGCAUCUUGAAACUAUUGAAAAUGUUUCGUGAGAAUUUGAGUAUCAGAUAUGGAAAUAUCCUGUGUGGUCAAAAUUCAAAUGGAAACAGUAAGAAUAUGUCUAAAGAAGUUGUCAGUCAAUUAAUUGCAGCUGAAGUCGAAGAAGAACCGAUGAUAAUUGAGCAGUUAAUUAUGUGGAUGAUUAUCAGCAAUGAAGACUGGGGUAUCAGACCAUUGACUGUAAAUGGUACCAUUCCUGAAAGAGUUGAAGAACUGGCUUAUGUGGAGAGUUACACUCCAUAUAUGAGUUUCACUUGUCGCCUUCGAAGAGCUAUCUUUGACACUAUAUACCAGUUGCUUUUGGGAUGUCUAGGGGUUGUUUUGCUUAUUUUAUUGCUGCGUUUUUGCUUGGUGCAGCACCAGAAGAAGGAAGAGGAACAGCAGCAAAUCUAUGAAAUGAUUGAGAAAAUAAUUGAUACACUAAAGUCUGAAUGUGAAGCAAUGUCUCGACAUGAUGAGGAGCCUUACCUAGCUGUACAACAUGUCCGUGACAAAUUAUUACAACCGUCAAAAAGGAAACAAUUGCUACCAAUCUGGAAGAAAGCUGCCAAAUUUAUUGAAGAGAAUGAAUCUCGAAUCCGACAUGAAACUCGAAUGAUUGAAGGAGAAGAAUUUGAUGUAUGGCGAUGGUUACCAGUCUGCUGUACUAAUUCUCCUCACAUGACUCAAUCCUUGAACCUGAAUAAUGGAGGUAAAAUUUGGCAAGGUCAAGCAUUUGGAGAACACGAUGAUAUCAGCAACAAUUCACCUCCGUACAGCCCUACACCAUGUCUGAAAGUGCGUAACAUGUUUAAAGCAGAUGUUGAAGAAGGUGAUGACUGGGAUGUACAUAUAGAAGAUGCAAUUUUAGAAAAAUGUAAAAAUAUCAAUGGAAUUCUUCACAUUCAUGUCGAUAAAUCUUCUAAAGAGGGAUGUGUCUACAUCAAAUGUGACAAUUGCGAAACUGCAGGUCAUGUGUACAGAUCUCUCCAUGGAUGGUGGUUUGAUAGACGUCUAGUGACAGUGAAGUACCUCCGGCUGGACAUGUACCAUGACCGUUUCCCAUCAUCUCGAGUUGCCGUUAAAGCUAUGAAACCAUCUUCACACAGCAGAACACAUUCAGUGUGUCAGCAGCCCAUACAACGAUACAGUCUACAGAUGACAUAGGUCACACCAAUGCUUUCCAGUGCCUUUCUUUCUCUCCAACAACCCCUUCCCUUUUUUCUCCUCUAUCUUAUACCCAUUGACAUUUCAUGGACUCUACAUACACUCUACUACCAUGUGACUUUUAUUACUGUCUAAAACAUGUUAUAAUAUUGUCAUAAUAUCAUCACCACUAUUAUCAUCAUCAUUACCAACUAUUGGCUAUUACUUCAUGUCAGUUUCCAUAGCUUUGUGUGUGUGCGUAUAUCUGUCUGUCUACCUCUCUCUCUGUGUUUGUAUGUGUGUGUGAGUGUACACCUGUUGUAUAUAUUGCUGCCCAGCAACUCUAUGAAUGUGUGUUUGUCAUAUAUAUAUAUAUAUAUUGCUAUAUAAGAGGACUUGUAUAUGCAGUGUAUUACAUCUAUAUGUUGCAGUGGUGUGCAUGUGUGUGCUUGUACAGACAUUAAUGUAUUGUUCUCUCUGUCUCUCUCAAUAUAUAUAUACAUAUAUAUAUAUAUUUAUAUAUGUAUAUAUAUAUAUGUGUGUGUGUGUGUGUAUGUAAUAUUUACAUACAUCCUCCCUCCUAUCAGAGUGUUUUGGUGUGUUCAUUAUUGUCCUGCCUUACCACAUCUUACACCAACAUAUUCUACCAACCACUCACCACCUACCUCAUAUUGAAACAUGAACAUUUUGAUGUUCACCAUUUCACUCACUCCCUCAUUUAAUCCUUGUUCCUUCCCCCUAUUCUAGAUGCUGCUGUAUUUUUAUUCUAUAACCCAUUUAUUUUAAGCUAAUUUAACUUCCAGUCAAACAAAAAAAAGGACCUUGCUUUUUGUCUGUUUUAUUUUUUCCUUGUGCGCGCGCGUGUGUGUGUGUGUUUAUUUAUCAUAUGUUAUUAUUGUUGUUACUAACUUUGCCUUCACAUAGGUUUUGUGUUGUUUGAAUUAGGUCUGCCACAACAUAGCUGUCAUCUUACCCUACUUAUAGCUAGCCUAAUUGGACCAAGCCUACCACAACUAAACUGGGUUGCAUCAUUUAAUUAAUAGGGCUUUGAAUGAAUCAAUUCAUUUAGCUUCCCAGUUAUUUCACUGGUCAAAUCACAGUUACAGUGCGUAGGAAUAAGUUUGGAGAUGUUUACAAGUUGGAAACACAAUUGAGUGUCACAAUUUCUUGUAUGCUCCUUUUCUGUGUCCAGUUUGUUUCAGUGAGGUUUUGCUAAAACUAUUACCAAAAAUGUUCUGUAUGAAAAUGUUUCAUUCUUUUAGUUUCGAACUCUUUUUCUGCUCCCCCAUACACUGUAUUACUUCAUGCCACCUCUGUCGUCUUACCUUUUUAAAGUGUAAAACACUUUCACCUCUGUUACUCUGCCUAUUAGUAGAGCUAGUUCCGAGAAACAAUACCAUCACACCAUUUGUAUUUUGGUGUGUGUGUGUGUGUGUCUGUAGAUGUAAAUAUGUGUGUGUGUGUAGCUGUAUGAAACGAAUUAUUUUGCAAUUAGUUAUUUGUAUUUUUCUACAUUGUGUAUGGUGUUGGUUGGUGGUGUAAUACUUCUUGUGGGUCUGUGACACACACUCCUGUAUUAUGAUGGUAGUACACUUCUCUGCAAUUUGGUAUGACUACUGUACCUAAUGUAUCACAGUCCUGUACUGUUGUUCUCCUGUGUGACACAACUCUGUGCUGUUUCUAUCAUAUGACACAACUAUACUGUGGUGUUAAUCAUUAACCAAACAGUUCCAUUUAACCGACGUCUUCAUAUAAGCAUCCUUUUCCUGUUCUGCCAACAGUGACAUAUUUAUUUCUGUAUUUUCCCCUCAUCCUCUUUUACACACACACACACACACACACACACACACACACACACACACACACACACACACACACACACACACACACACACACACACACACACACUCACAUAACUAUAGUUGCUCAUUACAUGAGAGACCUAACUUCAGGUGUGCUAGUAACUCUCUUAACAUAAACACCUGGCACUGCUAUUCUGCUAUCACUCCAUAUCACCUUCAUCUUAUUCACUAACAUUCAUCUAACUGAGAAUAUUUACAAAUUCUAUAACUGGCCAGUUUCCAUACUCUCCUUCAACUAAUAGUUGUCCGUCCAUUUCAAGGAAAUCCUUCUUCUUUCUACACCUUCAUUCCUUUCAGUUUGUUGCUUCCCUGCAGUUUCUUUUGCAUUGUGUACAAUGUGGUGAGACCAGACCCUUUCCCUCCUGGGCUGACUUUGCCUUUCAUUUUUUCAAGGUUUGCAUAGUGUCAAUAAAGUAAAUUACCAGUUAUACAUUGAAAUUGAUUCAAUCAACUGUGCUUGCUCCAUUCACAGAAACAGCUGUGUGCCUGAUUAAAAGAAUUUUCUAUUAAUUAUUUUCAUUAUCAUCAUUUCAUUGUCAUCAUCACCAUCAUUAUUAUUAAGGGCAGUAGAGUGACAGAAAAAUAGCGUAUCGGAUAAAAUACCUAAAUAGUAUUUAAUUCCAUCCCUUUAUGUUUGGAAUCCAAAUCACACUGGGAUCAACUUUUCCUGAUUGAGUUGAAAAUAACCCAUCCGCUACAAUUUUGGAGCUUUAAGCUCAUGUACACAUAAAUAAAACCAAAUCAUUAUUCUUAUUAUUAACAGGCACUAAGCCACAGGAGUCAGUUGUCAUUAAAACAAGUCCUUGGUUUUGGUUCCUUGUUUGAAUCUGCUUUGUUUUCAUUGCUUGAGAAAAAAAAAAGGCAUGAAUGUCUCAAACCAUUCCCUCCCUUUCCAAAAAAACUGAUGCUUCAUAUUUAUGGUAAAAAAAAAAAAAAUUCUUCAAUUGUAAUGUCUUUGUUUUUGUGUUUUUAAUGAAUUUCUCAACCGAUUGCAUCUGUUUCUAAAUGAGACUCUUUAUUCAAACUGUGUAACCUUCACUUCCAUUCUGCUACACAUCAUAAUCAACAAUCAGCUAAAGUGAGCCUGCCUUAACCUCCUGCAACACUCAUCAUUCUUCAGUUGUUUCGAACACAUCUUUUAGAACUUUCCUCCAUAAAUGUUCUGUUAACCUCUUAUUUCAACUGUUGGUUCCUUUUAUGUAAGGAGAGAAUAUCUGAGGAAAAUAUUGAAAUGCAGCCUUGGCAGUAUUAGAAUGGCUUUUUGUUCUUGGUGUCACAUUUCACUUAGCCUUGUUAUGUAUAUUACAACUUGGUUAAACCAUCAUCUCCAGUGAAGCCAGGAUUAUUCACUUAACCCAUCAGCUAGAAACUUGGGCAGACCCAGCAAUGCUGUUUGGUUCAUAUGUGAUACACCAACAUCACUAAAUUUGGUCUUAGCUGGAAGGGGCAACUGGGUUGUUUCGCCUCAGACAGAUGGUAGGGAGUUUUGUCUGAACAGCAGUAAUAGUGGUGGUAUAUUGGAGGCUUUGGGGAGGUGAUAGGGUCAGUUAAUGGUCAGUGUGUUAAUCGUCAGUCACUUGAAUUUACUCCACUGCAUCUCCUCCCCACCUAAAUUUGGCCUUGUUUUUUUUGUUUUUUGUCAAAAGUGAAUCAUUAAUGUUGCACCAAAUAUGUUUAAAAACUUGGUCUGCAAAAAAAACUAAGGAAUAAAAUAUCAAUCCUUGUAACAUUUUCCCUUUAAUUUAAGUAUGUAACAAGGCUAAGUAAACAUAGUACUUGUGUGGCUGAACAGUAAAACAUUCUUAUUUUACCAGUUUUUUUUAUAGAAACAACAGCACAACCUAUGUUUUAAGUAUCCUGGACAGUUUUGCUCUCCAAGAUUGUGUAAACCAUCUAAUGUCAACUGCUGCUUGAGUGUGGGGGCUGACUGUGGUUUAGUACUGUAUAUUGUAUUCUAGGCUAAAUAGUUGGGAUUCAUUUUUCAAUUCUGCUAGUAUGGGCCUUGAUCUUUGUCUCCAGUGACCUGGCAGCAGAAGUGGUUGCCUCAUGAUCACAAAUGGUGUGCACCUGGACCUAGCUACUAAACUUUCCCUGCUUUUGCUUGGUUGUCAACAGCCUUGCUAACCUUUUGAGAAACUGGUAGAGCACUGAGCAGACAGAAAAAAAAUGAUGUGUAGUCAGGUGGUCUCUACAGUGCCAAGAUCAAAUACUGUCACAAGAGUAUCACUGCUACUGCUGCUGCUACUACUACUACUACUACUCCUAUUACUACCACCUUUGUUAUUCCCUGACCCCUCUCUCAUCUCUUCUGGCCAGAAUGAUAGUCAUGCUACUACUGAACAUACAGUUGGCUACAAAAGAUCCUAGAGAUUUUUUUCUUUUUCUUUUUAUUUUUUAUUUGUAUUUUUUUAAUUAUAUGUAUGUAUGUAUAUAUAAUAUAUAUAUAUAUGUAUAUUUCUUUUAUGUUUGAAAUUCUCUUUCUGCUGCUUUAUUAAAGCCUUUUACAAUUUUUUUCUUCCAAUCAGAA